AUGUUGGAUAUAAAAUAUAUUGCUAUAGUUUUAUUGAUUCAGCUUUGUAUUUCUUAUGCUGAACAUAAUAAUGUAUUCGAUUAUAUAAUAGUUGGUUCCGGUUCAGCAGGAGCAGUCAUAGCCAAUAGACUUUCGAAACCACCAACCAUUAAAGUUCUUCUAUUAGAAGCGGGAGAAUUGCCACCUUUAGCAUCUGAAGUUCCAUUUUCUCCUCUAAAUUUAGCUCAAACAAAAUACAAUUGGAAUUUUACGAGUGUACCUAGUAAAACCAUAGGUCAAAAUCUUAAAAAUAGACAAAAUAAUAUUGUAGCAGGAAAAGCGCUAGGAGGAACCACAACUUUAAAUUAUAACUUAUUUGUCAGAGGAAACAAACGAGAUUACGAUAACUGGGCAAAACUUGGCGCCACAGGUUGGGAUUGGAAUAGUGUCUUUCCCUAUUUUUUAAAACUCGAAGAUAAUCGAGAUUACCGUUAUGUACACAAUGGCUAUCACGGUGUUGGCGGAAAUGUUGUCAUUAAUACAGUACCUUUUCAUGCACCAAUAACAGAAGGUUAUUUGAAAGCAGCCAAAGAAAUUGGAUAUGAUAUUGGAGACUUUAAUGCAGAGCCUCAGGCAGUGUUUCAACCACCUCAGGGAACCAUUAAUAGGGGAGCACGUUGGGGUACUCUUAAAGCAUACAUUAAUCCUGUACGCGGUAGAAGAAAUCUCUCCAUUCUAACUUCAGCAUUUGUUCACAAGAUAUUGAUCCACAACAAUCGUGCUUACGGAGUUAAAUUCGAGCACCACGGUAAGUUGUACGAAGCUUAUGCCAAACAAGAAGUGAUCGUAUCUGCAGGGGUCUUCAAUUCCCCGAAACUCCUAAUGCUGUCAGGAAUUGGGCCAAAGCGUACUUUAGAGAGGUUCAAUAUUCCUGUUGUAGUAGAUUUACCAGUUGGGAGUAAUUUUCAAGAACAUCCAUCUACAUUUGGUUUGUUUUUUGGAGCUAAAACUGUUACUUACUUGUCAGAACGUAUUACAGUAGAUCAUUAUAAUGAAUUCCUAAUAAAUGGCACAGGUCCACUGACAACACUAGGAUCACUGGAAACAAUUGGAUUCGUAAAUUCUAAAUAUAACGAUGAACCUGAUUGGCCAGAUAUUGAACUCUUAUGGUUUACUCUAUCUGCGGCAUCGGAUAAAG